GGACCACCGACUUUUCCUUGUUCCUCCCAUUCACACUCCUUUUCUUUAAUAAUAAAUUAAAAUUAAAUCUACUAUCAAGAAAUAGAGCACCCCCCCCCUUCACUUGCUUACGCUCCUCGGUGUGGAAAGAAAAAAAAAAGUUCUCUAUCAGAUCAAGUAUUAGAUUGAUAUAGUAAAGAUGUCGCCAACCGAAUCAUCACGAGAGGAAAAUGUUUACAUGGCCAAGCUGGCUGAGCAGGCCGAGCGCUAUGAGGAAAUGGUUGAGUUCAUGGAAAAUGUAGCAAAAACUGUAGAUGUUGGUGAGCUGACUGUCGAGGAAAGGAACCUUCUCUCUGUAGCUUACAAAAAUGUGAUUGGGGCUAGGAGGGCUUCUUGGAGGAUUAUCUCUUCUAUUGAGCAGAAGGAAGAGAGCAGAGGAAAUGAGGAUCAUGUUGCAACCAUCAAGGAGUAUAGGAGCAAGAUUGAAGCUGAGCUCAGCAAGAUAUGUGAUGGGAUUUUGAGCCUCCUUGAGUCUCACCUCAUUCCUUCAGCUUCAUCUGCCGAGUCCAAGGUGUUUUACCUUAAAAUGAAGGGUGAUUAUCAUAGGUAUCUUGCUGAGUUCAAGACUGGUGCUGAGAGGAAGGAAGCUGCUGAGAGCACUUUGUUGGCUUACAAGUCUGCACAGGAUAUUGCUCUCGGUGACCUAGCGCCAACUCACCCAAUUAGGCUGGGACUUGCUCUUAACUUCUCUGUUUUCUACUAUGAAAUUCUUAACUCACCUGAUCGUGCUUGCAAUCUUGCAAAACAGGCUUUUGAUGAGGCUAUUUCUGAGUUGGAUACAUUGGGUGAGGAAUCCUACAAGGAUAGUACAUUGAUCAUGCAACUUCUUCGGGACAACCUAACCCUUUGGACAUCUGAUAUCACGGACGAAGCUGGAGACGAGAUCAAGGAAGCUUCCAAACCCGAGUCAGGGGAGGGACAGCAGUGAUGAGUUAAGUUCAUAUGAUAUGUACUCUGUAAUUUAUGUUGCAGGUUGUACUUUUACGUACAUGCAAUGUGGGCUGUUGUAGAAGGUUCUUUUUUUUUUUUUAACAUUUAUCAGUACUUGGAGUUGAAAUUUUACAUUCCAAUGGAUUAUUAUUAUCAUUCGGACAUGAAUUUGGUUUUGUUUGGUAUCAAUGUUGUAAUGCUAAAUUCGAGUUUAUUGAAUGUUAAUUCAGUCCUGUUUUGAA